AUGGCUCGCCACAGUAAAAACGCAACAUCUGCUCCUUUCUAUUCUUACCACGAGCGCAAGAAGAUCCGCGCUCUGGGAGUUGGGACACUAAAAGGAAGGCUCGACACUCGCGCAUGCAGGCGGUUUGAAAGCUGUUGGCUUUGCCUCAGCCCGGCCCGAAAUCCUCUGGCGACCCCUCAGGGCCUAAUCUUCUGCAAGGAAUGCCUCUUCCUUAACUUUGAGUCUCAAAAGAAAAAAAUCCAGAAGGAGACGAAGGCUUGGGAGGCUCUUCAGGCACAAAAGGAACAGGAGGCAGCAGCUGCAGCAGAGGCAAACGCUACAGCGGCGCAACGCGCGUUCCUAGAGGCAGAGGCCUCUCUCACCUUGGAAACAUCUGCUGCGCCUGCCCAGACAAAAAAUAGUCCUCAAAGUGCAGAAGAAUUUAGACAAACUCUGGAGCAGCCUACCAUCAACUCCAAGGAAGAGGCAAGGGCGAAGAACUUCUGGGUGCCUGAGAACACACCAGAUGAGCCUGAGGCGAAGCUCAAGGAGCCCCAGAAAGGUUUUUGCUGUCCCAUUACGGGGGCCCCACUACGCAUCAAGCAGCUUAUCACUGUUAAGCCAGUUCUUGCUUCCAAAGAAGACACCGAAAACACGCGAUGGCUCUGCGCACUAAGCGGCCGUGAAAUUUCGCACCAGAAAGCGGCGGUUGUAAAGUCGACAGGCCAAGUUAUCCUUCUCGAGUAUCUGGAGAAGCUUGUCUUUGGAAAGAAAGGAGCACUCACGUCGGGAGUUAUUGAUAGAAAAGACACGGUGGCUCUUAUUCCUGGGGGCACAGGGUUUAGUGCACACAAUAAUGUGGAGGUCGCAGUGGCGAGGCCUAACGUCCAGUAG